AUGAACGGCCACGCAAACGGCGCCACGAACGGCGAUGUGGACUCCUCAGACUGGUCUCCGUCCAGCUGGCGCACGAAACCGAUCAAGCAACCCGUCCUUUACGAGAACGAAGCCAAAGUCGACCAAUCCCGCCUCAAACUCCGUCAUCUUCCUCCCAUCGUAACACCCACCGAGAUCUGGAAGCUACGCCGCGCCCUUGCCGAAGUAGCGCAAGGCAAAGCCUUCCUACUCCAAGGUGGCGACUGCGCCGAGCUGUUCGACUAUUGCAAUGACAAUGCCAUCGAAUCCAAAAUCAAAUUGCUUCUCCAGAUGUCCCUCGUGUUGAUCUGGGGCGGCAACAAACCUGUCGUCCGUAUUGCGAGGAUGGCAGGGCAGUAUGCCAAACCGCGGAGUUCGCCUGUGGAGAUGGUGGAUGGCAAGCAAGUCCCUAGCUUCCGAGGCGAUAUCCUAAAUGGCUAUCAACCCGAUCAGCGCGACAUUGACCCGCAAAGGUUGGUGCAGGCUUAUUUCCACUCGGCGGCAACGCUGAAUUAUGUCCGCGCGCAGCUGGCUUCGGGGAUUGCGGACCUGCAUAAUCCGAUGGACUGGAAUCUCGGCCAUGUCGCUGAUCCGGGGCUGUUAGAGAAGUACUCGACCAUCGUAAAUAGUAUCCGCGAGUCGUUGCGCUUCAUGCGAACAGUCGGGGCCGACACGGCGGGUCAGCUGGAAACAGUCGACCUCUUUACCAGUCAUGAAGCAUUGCUGCUGGAGUACGAGGAAGCGCUGACUCGUAAACUCCGUCACCCUUCCAACCGCACCACCACCACCACCAAGACCUCUCCCGCUGCACCGAAAGUCUCCCCGCUAACCGGCGGCGCCCUCCUCAACCCCGCCCUCACCCCCACCACCAGCCCCUCAAACUCAGGCUACUACAACACCUCCGCCCACUUCCUCUGGGUCGGCGACCGCACCCGGCAACCCGACCACGCGCACAUCGAAUACCUCCGCGGCAUCGAAAAUCCCCUUGGCAUCAAAGUCGGCCCCACAACCACCACCCCUGACUUACUACAACUCCUCGACCUCGUCAACCCGCGCAAAGAAAUCGGCAAAGUGACACUCAUCACCCGCUACGGCGCCGGAAAAGUCGACGAACUCCUCCCCGCCCACAUCGCCGCGGUACGUGAAUCCGGACAUACAGUAGUCUGGCAAUGCGACCCCAUGCACGGUAACACUCGCUCCACUUCCUCGGGGAUCAAAACGAGGUCCUUCGAUGCCGUGUUCGCGGAGCUGGCGGCCGCGUUGCGGAUUCACAAGGAGUGCGGGUCGUUUCUGGGCGGGGUGCAUUUGGAGUUGACGGGGGAUGCGGUGACGGAGUGUACGGGUGGUAGUGAGGGGUGGCGGGAUGAGGACUUGGGGUUGAGGUACGAGACGUUCUGUGAUCCGAGGUUGAAUGAGAAGCAGGCGCUUGAGUUGGCGUUCUUGGUGGCGGAUAGUCUUAGAGCGGGUUGA